UAUAAUAAAGCUUAGGGUGUAGUGGGCGUAUAUUCUAGUGAAACUAGUGUUUAGUUAGCACAAUAAACUAUUUUAAUAUUUGAAUUUAUUAAUACCAAGCACAAAACGUAAAGUAAUUAAUUCAUCUUUUUAAAUAUUUUGACUUCUUAAAAAGUGAGUACAUCUACUUUUAAGAUUUGUUUAUAAGCCGCCUAUUGUUUGUAUUCUGUGUAGGGUUAAUUUUUUUAUGUAAGUAAACAAUUAAAUUGAACCAUGGCUUGGAGAUUUAAAGCAAGCAAAUAUAAAAAUGCUGCUCCUGUCGUCCCAAAACCAGAAACUUAUGUGAGAGAUAUUUGUGUUGGAUCCUAUCAAACCUAUGGCAAUAACAUAACAGCAUCUGCAAAGUUUAUGGCCUUUAAUUGGGAUCAUGCAGGAUCAAGUUUGGGUGUUUUACCUAUUGAUGACUGUGGAAGAAAAAGCAAGUUAAUGCCUCUUUUACAUGCUCAUUCAGAUACUGUGACAGAUAUGGACUUUUCUCCAUUUCAUGAUGGAUUACUGGCCACAGGUUCGCAAGAUUGUUUAGUGAAGAUUUGGUACAUUCCACCAGAAGGAUUACAGGAAUCUCUAAGUAAUGCGGAAUGUACGUUCUCUCAUAAACAACGGCGUGUUGAGACAGUCGGCUUCCACCCAACUGCAGAUUUCCUCCUGCACUCCUCUUCUUUCACCACCCUAACCUUAUGGGAUUUGAUGUCGGAGCAAGAAAUAUUCUCCAACAUGGAUCACACCGAAGUUAUCCAAUCGGUGAGUUGGAAAAAAGAUGGCACUCUGCUCGCGACCUCCUGUAAGGAUAAACAAGUGCGUAUUUUGGAUCCUAGAGUGGAACAGUCCUGUUUGAAAACAGCAAACAGUCACCCAGGUAUUAAAGAUUCCAGAGUUGUCUGGUUAGGGGAACAGAAUAAGAUUCUGACAACCGGAUUCGAUGCUCAGCGAUUGAGACAGAUUAUUAUCAGAGACCUCAGAAAUUUUGGAGAGCCUGAAAAAACGUUGGAAUUGGAUUGUUCCACAGGUAUCUUGAUUCCCUUGUAUGACUCCGAUACUGGGAUGUUAUUCUUGGCGGGAAAAGGUGACACGACUAUCGGCUAUAUGGAAGUCAGCGAUAAGGAACCUUUCUUAAUCGAGGGCAUUAGACAUUCAGGAGAGCAGACAAAAGGGGCUUGUCUCUUACCAAAACGUGCCUUGAAUGUCAUGCAAGGUGAAGUGAACAGGAUAUUACAGCUUACCAGUUCUUCAGUUAUUCCUAUAACGUACCAAGUGCCAAGAAAAACAUACAGGGAUUUCCAUGCUGAUUUAUAUCCUGACACUCCUGGAUUUAAGACUGAAUUAACUGCGAUACAGUGGUUUGAAGGGAAAAAUAUACCUCUUGCCAAAAUAAGCUUAGAUCCAGCUAAGAGGGAAAAUGGCGAACAACCAAUUGUGGUACAUCGUGGGCCUCUAUCUAAAUUAAGAGAGGAGUACGAAAAUGAAAAAGCAUCUCGAGUCGACCAAAAAGUAUCAGACGUCAAGCCAAAAGUGACGGCUGCCAUCACCAAGAGCGACUAUCAUCCCGUGAAAGAUAUAGUUAAAGACAUUGAGAAAGACGAUACUAAAAUUAAAGAUGGUAAACCAAGCGGCAACGAAGAGGAUUCCACUGACAAGACGCUCGAGAGCAAAACAACUGAAAACAGGUCCAGCGUCGAAGAAAUCGAAAAGCCCCGUCUAGGACCAAAACCCUUUACACCACCUAAACUCAAUGACCCGGAAAACACCUUUCAAAAAAUUUUCUCUGUACCCCCAGUACCGGGCCAGAACGGUGUAACUGGCGAGUCUGCCGUAAACAAAGUUGUUACUCCAGAAGAAAAAGAGAAAACACCUACGAGUGACAUCGAACCCGCUCCCUUAAAAGAUACUGAAAACGGAAAAUCGGGUUCAAGCGGGGAAGAAGAAACUAGCUGCGAUUCGGGCUACAUUCCCAAGACACCAAGUACAGCGGAGAGAAGGAAAUUGUUUGAAACGAGAUCUAAUUCAAAGGAAAACGAACCGGAAGAAAGCUUGGACUCCACAGACCAAAGUGGCAACUUUGAACGAGCUUCGAUUCAAAGAACGAGCAUUGCCGAGAGGCGUAAAAUGUAUGAAAGUAGAUCGGUGUCCGUGCAAGAACAAAUCGGGAAUGUGAUAGAGAAAAAAGAUGGGUCUCCAGUCAUGUUGAGAAGGAAGGAUUCGUUUAAGAACAGGAAGAAUGUAGAAGACGUUUUGAAAGAAGAUAAUUAUAGGAAAAGUUCUGCAGUUGCAAAGCAGCAGUCUUUGGAUCCUCAGUCCGGGCGGAAAAGUGAGGUUUCUGUGCCUACUCCUAAACGAACAUCUACUGUUUUUGGCCGUGUCUCAAAGUUCCGCCACUUGAAAGGCACCCCCGCCCACAAAUCGUUCCACAUUGAAAAUAUCAGAAACUUAAGCAGGCAAAUAUCCGGAGAAUGUGACGGAUUCCACGCUAACUCGGAACGAGUAGCUGUGCCUUUGAGUGGACCGGGCGGCAAAAUAGCCAUCUUCGAGUUGAGCAAAACGGGAAAACUACCAGACGGUGUGAUCCCUGCUCUGGUACACGGAAAUAAUGUCAUGGACUUCGCGUGGGAUCCGUUUGAUAACCACCGAUUGGCUGUUGCGUGUGAUGAUGGCGUGAUUAAGUUGUGGAAGAUUCCCGAGGGUGGAUUGACCGAGCCAACUAACGAACCUGAGAGUGAAUUCAAUGCCCAUUCCGAUAAGAUAUACUUUAUUAAGUUCCAUCCUACAGCUAAAGAUAUACUCGCUUCAGGGUCUUACGACAUGACAGUAAGGCUCUGGGAUUUAGCCACUCUAUCCGAAGAAAUUGUGCUCAAGGGUCACGUCGAUCAAAUGUUCAGUUUCGCUUGGUCCCCUUGCGGCUCGUAUUGUGCUACUGUCAGCAAAGACAGCAAAAUACGAAUAUACCGGCCGAGGAAAAGCGAACUUCCUAUUAGAGAAGGCAAGGGACCAGAAGGAAAUAGAGGUGCUAGGAUAGUUUGGGCCUUAGAUGGCCAUUUUAUAGUCGUAACGGGAUUCGACAAAGUAUCGGAGAGGCAGAUUACCGCCUUCAAGUCGAGUGAUUUGAAAACGCCUUUGAAUACGGUUGGAUUGGACGUUUCACCUGCCAUAUUGAUUCCAUUUUAUGACGAUGACAGUUCAACCCUCUUUGUGACGGGAAAGGGCGAUUCGACAAUAUACGCCUUUGAGAUAACAGAGGAAGCGCCAUAUAUCUGCCCCUUGAGUCAUCACCGGUGCAAUACCCUCCACCAAGGACUUUCUUUCUUACCAAAAAACGUCUGUGAUGUAUCAAAUGUCGAAUUCGCCAAAGCCUUGAGGCUCACGAACAACUCCAUCGAACCCCUGUCCUUUACCGUUCCCAGGAUAAAGACUGAUCUAUUCCAAGACGAUUUGUUCCCACCGACAAGAGUUACGUGGGAGUCAGCGCUAACCAGUUCUGAAUGGUUCAGCGGUAAAGAUAAAGCACCUCAAAGGAUUAACUUGCAACCGGAAGGGAUGGAGUUGCUUUCAGAGUCCCAAGGGCAAGCAAACAGUGGUCCUGAAAGGACGAUAAAUAAAUCCGCUUCAACGCCGUUCAUAGGUGCCUCCCAACCUUACAAUAGACUAGGGUGGAACGCUGACAUAUCGGGACAGACCAAGAGUAAACAGGAGGAGCUCAAGAAGUCUGUCAGUAACAAGCUGGAAAUGAAUCUAAGUUUAGAGCAAGACGACAUGGAGGGUGUCGACGAGACAGAGUGGAAUGAAUGAAAGAUCCGAGUUGGACGCUCAGAGCUUUCCUCUUAGUGUAAAGUAUACUUAUAAAACAUAAUACGAUAAUAUCCAGAUAGGUCGCCUUACGUUGGUUAUACCACGUAUUAUUAAGAGUAAGAGCCUCAUAUUCCUUUUAUUACUAGAACCAAUACUUAAACCAUUGCUUUUUACUGAAUUUCUUUUUUACAUGAUAUAAUGUGAAACGCCAGCGUUAUUAGUCAGAAUAGGAUACAUUUUGUAAUACCUUAAGAAGUAUGAUUGAAUCUAUACAUCAUCAUUUUAUAUACUAGUGUAUAUAGUAUCAUGUGGACUACCCAAUAUUUUACGAAAUCUGUUGCCGCAUUCGACAAUAAUUAGGAAAUUUUUUAUGUAGUUUUCUAGUUAUUUCUAUUCGUACCGUUUGUAGUUAUGAAGAAAACUCCAUAAAAUAAAUGCUUCGUGUAUUCUCUUAUAGGAAAAGCAAUAUCUACUCAUUAGAUAUAAGAUUGUUCCUUAUGCUUAGAAAUAUUUCUUGUCCCUAAAAACAAUCUGAGCGAACACAUUUCUAAGUUAUUUUUCAUUUUAUAUAUCCAUCAUAUUCAAGCUGAUAGUAAAAAAUAUACUCUGCGUGAGUGUAAAAGUGCAAAUAAGUUGAUAAUGGCAUAGGUUGGGUAACCUAGCAAACAGUUUCAAGGGCGUCGCCGCUAAUUUUUUCGCUAACUGCGCGGUACAAAAGUAUAUGGGAGCAAAAAUGUUCAAAAAUUUUUUCGACCCUCUAAAUUUUACUUUUUUUAGUGAAAUUUGGAUUUUUGCCAUUUUUAGAUGCAAUUCUUUGAUAAAAUGAAAUUUAAAAAAAUGGUGAACAAGCCUGUUGUGCGCACAAUACAAAAACGGUUGCGCAACUUAUGAAAAAUUAGCUCGCAGCUUUGCCCCAAAUGCUUUCAAAACAGUAAACUGUUUGGAUUUAGUGAACACAGCCAUCAGUAAUGCAGUGGUUCUUAAACUUUUUUUAAUUACUCUUGAAAGUAUAGACAUUUAGAAAGUAAUAACUUCCAGAAUGCACCCACACAUUAGAUCUAUAAACAGUUUCCAAAUUUUUACAACCAAAGAGGUCAUUAAGCAUUUCAAAAUGCUUUGACUACUUUCCUUUUUUCAUUUUAAGGUAAAGGUGCAAAAAUAUGCAUUCUUAUAGUUAUAUGUCAUUAUUUAUAAAUUGCAAUUUUGUGGUUUUAUUCAAAAAAUAGUCAAUUUGUUCGAUGGUACUACUUCUUUUUUAUGUACUUGCUGAACCAAUUACCAUAAUUCAGUUAGCAAUCCUUCGCCUGUUAUAAUAAAUAAAAGACCCUAAUUUACUCCGUCACACUUACCGCCGUUCAAUAUUGCAAUGGAUUUUGGUCAAGAAUAUACAGGGUGAUUCACAAACGGUGACCAAAAAUGAAAUCUCUUAUUCUUUGAUGAAUUUUAAGGGG